GCCCAAGCGAGUUUCGCAGCAUUUUCUGUCUUCACCUCCAUCAUCUGCUUAUCGUCUCUGUCGGCUGUCUAUACAACUACUACGAGACAUUUGAGCUGCAUUUCACCCUGGUCGAACAUAUUUGGACCGGGUAAACGGCUCACGCCACUUGAAGCUAUUGGAGAGAAAUAAGAGACAUGAAUUCGAACACCAGCUUGGCCGGUUCGCAGAGCCCAGGAGGUCAGCUCACGAACUCACCAUCGUCCUACUCUCCUACUAGUGGGCCUCGUGGGGAAGGUUCGCCUGCCUCGAAUGGUAGCAGGAGUGCGGAGAGGGGAAUGGAUACGUCUGACCAGACGACUGAGAAACGCGUUCCACUUGCUUGCCACAGAUGUCGAGCAAAGCGAGGGAGAUGUACCGGAGAGAAACCGAUUUGUGGCGCGUGCGCGAAAGCAAGGGCGGAAUGUACGUGGCCGGAAGGGAGGAGGCGCAAGAGAACUAGGAAGGAGAUGGAGAUGGCAGAGAGACUCGAGGCUGAGACGUCUGGCAUGCGCAGCCGACGGCCAGCGGAAUCCCGCUCUACGAGCGUCUUGACGUCGGCGGACAACCAACAGAAUGACAACAGAGCAAGUUAUUGGCAUAUGAGUGCUCCACCUAGCCACAGAAUAUCUCCGGCUAACGACACGUCUUCGAGUUCUGACCACUGGAGGAUAUCGCCGCCGUCGAAUCCAACUCGGUCACAUCUUCAAACACAAGGACAUUCCAACUCAUGGAACGACACGAUCUCUAGCCCUCCUAGCAAUCCUUCAGGGACUAGUAACUUGCAAUAUUCCUCUCAGCAGACAUUUGAACCCAUGGAUCAUGGCUUGGACUCCUUCGCUCCAGCACCGGCAGCGUUAAGUAGACCCUCUUCGAUACCUCAAGGAGAGACCAACGAUACAACAGCUCAUAUGGACCUUGAACUUUAUUAUUAUCGAUUUUCUGGUCAAUCGGGGUCUACUGCAAUACACCCAGGAAUAAAUCGAAUAUCUCUACGCCUUCAGUCCCGUCCUUCUGCCCCAACAUUACCUGACAAUCGACCCAUACCUCCCGUACCCCAUCGAUCAUCUUCGAACAUAACCUCCAGCAUUUCGCCUUCUGCACCCCUGCCGGCGGCACAGCCUUCUCUCAACAAUAAUCCUGAUCACCAGAUUUUCGAUGAGCACGGUUCGCCACUUCCUGAGUAUUAUGGUCCCUUGAUGGAGACGUUCUUCACAACACUUGGCCCCCAUUUUCCGAGUGUGAGCAAGAGGAGGAUGGAGGAAAGGAUAGAGACUAGGACUAUGAGUGCUUUCUUCUUGAAUUGUAUAUGUGCUAUUAGUGCACGAUUUCACGAGUCGGGUCGAGAUGACCCAGCGAAGGCUUGCGCUCCGUACAUAACCAAAGCUCAAGAGCUCAUUGUACCACUACUACAUCUACCGACCAACGAUGUGUGUACGGGCCUAUUAUUGCUCGCAUGGGCGUGCUACGGACAGAACUCUGAGAGUGGGCUUUGGCAAUAUUCAGGGAUGGCCAUUCGGAUGGCUUUGGAUCUUGGACUACACGAGAUCUCCGAGAUAUACGAGUCCUCCUCGCAUGUAAUUCGAACCCGAUGUCUGUUCUGGAGUAUCUACAUGACUGAUCGCAUCCUCGCAUUCUAUACCGGUCGACCACCUACCAUUCCCGAUGACAUAAUCGAAAUUCCUCUCCCUACUGACGGGGACUUCUUUCCCGACCCAGCACGCGACACUGAUGCCGCUGCCUUCUCUGAACCGUCGGAGCCUGUACCCUAUUAUUUUACCGUUCGACUAAUGGUAAUAUGUGGGAGGAUUGCGGCGGUGUUAAACGGCAGGAGAGGAAGGGCGAGGACGUUAGUAGGAAUGGAAAAGCAAUCAGGAGACAAUGGAAGGAGCGUUUUGAAUGAGUUGCAGAGGGAGCUGGUGCAGUUCUAUUCCGAGUUGCCGAUUGAGAUGAAGUGGAGCGCGGAGGCAUUCAAGCGUCAGGAUGCGAGAGGGUAUGGUGGGACGUUUCUCCUACUUCAUCUAUGGGCCAACGCCGUCAUGGCGCUGACUUACCAUCCUGAGCUUACCACGGGAAGUCUCGGAACCGAAACACCGCUGACGCAGAACAUGGAGCGGAGCGUUAAGUUGAGCCUGAGCUGCUCCAGGACAGUUAGCGAAUGCGUGGUAAUCGCGGAUCUGUUUGGGAGUCGGUCAUAUUUGGCGAGCCCUUUUUGCGUCCAGCCAAUAUUUAUCGCCAGCCUCGCGUUCAUCCACGACAUCAAGACCAGCGGGCUUGGUCAUCAUUUAACCUCUGGGCACAAUCAUAACGACCAACUUGCACAACAAGUACAUCUACUACCUGAACCACCUACAGCAGACAGCCUCCUUCAAAGCUUUGCCCGUCAAUCGCUCACCACGCUGACUUCGGCCCUCCAGAAGAUGGACCAUUAUUGGGCGGGAAUUGCGUAUGUGACAGGCAUCAUGGAGAUGAAGACGCGGAGUGCAGGAGUGGUGAUGUUGCGGGAGAACGCAGGAUUUGCGACAGGAGCAGCGAGCAGUACACCUGAGGCAAAUUCGAGGACGAAAAGGACAUUCAUCACGUUGCCGGAUCAAGGAUUGUUACAUCGGUUCACUAAUCCUAACUUACCGCAUAAUACGGGACCGGCGACGGAGACUUCGUUGAGAUCUGCGAUGGCGAAGGAGGCUUUGGAGCAAGCUCAGCAGAUGCAAGAUUAUUCGUUAGAUGAGCUACUGUCCUCGUACAGUAUUGAAGAUUUCUUAGUUCAGCCGGCGGGCAUGUUCGACCUCGAACAACUAUUAUCACUGUAACUUGUAAGCGUCUUGUGCCAGAUAGCGCAGAGUGUAGAAGAUUAGCAUGUACAACCGUCCGAGAUGCUCUAGAGUGCUCUACUACCAGCUACUACCGUCCCUUACCGUCCCUUACAAGACCGGUACUGUACCCGCUGUUACCGCCGGGUUGAUCGAAGUGUCAAUCCU